UUCGUGAAAGAAUGUGAAAGUAUGACAAUUUAGGUUACCACAAAUUGGUAAUAAUGUGAAUUGUUUGACAUUUAAAAAAAUUGUUAUUUUUGUAUAUAUUUUAUUAUUUGCUAUAUUAUAUUCAUUUGUUUAUUUAAGUUAAAAAGUUUAUUCAAAGAUGUAUUUGAUAAGUUGCACUAUGAUUCAUUUUUUCUUAAUUAACAUAUUUGUUAAUUUGUUAUUUGUCUGUCAUGCAACAGGACAAAAUAUUAAUGCUAAUAAGAAUAAUAAUAAUAAUAAAAAUAAUAAUAAUAAGAAUACUAAUGUAGUAUUACAAAAUACUACACCAAAACCUCCUGUAAUAACUGAUGCAGAAUUACAACGAAUAACAGAAGAUUUGUUUCAAAGAGAUACAUGUUGUAUUUACAGAAAUAUUACUGUCAGUUUUCAAGGAUGGAUACAAAGAGAUAAUGUAACAGACAAUGCUCCAAAACCAUUGUUCAGAAUUCCCACGAAUGUCUUGUCACAUCCGACAAUAAUUAAACUAAACAAACUCUUUGAUAAUUAUGAGAUAGAUAUAAGUAAACCGGAAGUCGUGACUAAAGAAGAAACUGCUGAAGAAGAUGAUUUUAUUAACACUCUUUUGUCAUCCGACAUUUUAACAACUGUUAUGAAUUUUCUUGCUACAAAAGGUUACUUUGAAAAAAAUACUCAGACUUAUAAAACCAUAUUGAAAGCUAUUUGGUUUGAACAAUAUUCAAGAAUUAAAGGAUCCAUUGGUAGUUCAGGAUUUGAGCAUGUAUUUCUAUUAGAACGAAAAAAGGAUAAUAGUAUUGUUGGUUUACACAAUUGGAUUUAUUUUGCUAAACAAGAAUCAUUAAAUAAUAUCAAUUAUCUCGGUUAUGGACGUAAAGUUCUUUUCGAUAAUAAAGCUGCACUUGCUAAAAUACAUUUUAAUUUUAAACAACAACAUAAAGUGUCGACUAUAUUGAUUGGAACAUUACCAGAAUUAGAAAUAGCUGUUUAUACGCUAUGCUUUUAUACAAGACCUAAUGAAAAAUGUAGAAUAUCAUUUGCAACGCAUAAAUUUAAUAUUCAAACAUACCAAUGGCAGCAGAAUAAUAAAAAUUAUGUUGGAGCUGCGUAUCCUCUUAUCUAACAAUGACAAUAUAUAAGAAAAAUGUAUGUUCAUUGAUAUUAAUAAAGGUCUCAUCGGAUAUUUCCAGAUCAAAGCAAAUAUGUACGACUAACAGUAGAGAAAGUAGGAUUUAAAUAAACAACCAAUUGCAUAUCUUGUUAUCAAACAAUUUUUAUUAUCUGAUUGGUCGAUUCAUAUCUAUCGAUGUAUCUACUAGCCAAUAAAAAAGUCAGUUUUCCCUUUAAAUGUUCUAGGGAAUCCGUAAUGUAUUAUAUGCGUAUAUAUUUAUGUAUAUGUGUAUACGUAAAUAUGAUUAUUGUCAGUCAGGUGUUGGCUAACCUGUCGAGGAAAAUAGAAUCGAUAGGGACGAGCUUUCGGUUGCUUCGAAACUUCGGGAAGGAAGAAUCAGUGGUACCCUUCACUUGGAGAAGGCCAUAUCCCAUAAAAACACUAGCCGAACAGACCGGUGACAUAAUUCAUUGAGACUUAUACAUGCCAGUUAAAGAGUCAACAACAUCGAGUUUUCGAAGAGAUUUAACCCAACAAGAACAAUUC